UUUCUUUAAACGAACACUUUCUGUAAGGUAAAGGCACUGAAAAAAGGUUACUUUUCGUUUCGUAGCAGAAGAGCUUUAACGUUCACUUUGGUCGCUGAUGUGUUUGUUGUGAAGACUACGGGAGCUUUGUAAUAGAAACUAAUGAAGUGUAAGCGAUCUGAGGCUUUCUCAUCUUUAUAUCUCAGUCAAACUAGCCGGAGUUUCUUCGGAAUCCGGCAGAGACAACUCUGGCUUUGCCAGCGCUGUCAGAUUUCUGAUCUUUAGCUUCAAAGUUUUCGAACGUAGCCGUCUACAGAACGAGGUUUUGUUUCACUCUUGGUUCUUGCUCUAUUUGAAUUUCUCAAACUGAAUAUGGACAUUUUUUUGGAUGAAAUUCAGUUUUCUGCGCAAAAGCCGAGAUAUUUUUGCUUUGAAGAUUGUGAUGCGUCGAAAUUGGAGUAAAAAGAGUAUCUGAUGUUGGAAAUUCAUUUGAAAUUCAUAGAUUCUAAACUUUUGGAGACGGGGAUCGCCUCAUUUAGCUAACAAAGAUUGAAUUUGGUUGAGAGGUAAUGGAGCAUCUGUCGUCACUGUUCAACGGAUUGGCAAGAUCUCUUUCCAUCAGAAAGGGAAAGAAUUGUGAGAUUGAUGUCGGAAGGGAAGCUGCUGAAGCAAUGACCAAAGAUGCAAAGAGGAACGACUUGAUAUUGCGUUCUCCGGGGAUUGUUAAUGUUGAUGGCUCAAAAAAUUUCGCCUCCAUCUUCUCAAAGAGAGGAAAGAAAGGAGUGAACCAAGAUUGCUUCAUUGUGUGGGAGGAAUUUGGAUGCCAAGCAGACAUGAUCUUUUGUGGGGUUUUUGAUGGGCACGGCCCAUGGGGACACUUUGUAGCAAAAGAAGUCAGGAAUUCAAUGCCAGCUUCUUUACUGUGCAAUUGGCAGGAGAUCGUUGCUCUAACUUCCCUUGACCCUGGUUGUGAAGUGGAAUCCAUUAAGAAACUUCAUCCAUUUGAUAUAUGGAAGGAAUCCUACAUCAAAACUUGUGCAGCCAUUGACCAGGAGCUUGAGCAGCAUCCUAGGAUUGAUUCCUACUACAGUGGUACAACUGCUUUGACAAUUGUGAGACAGGGUGAACUCAUUGUUAUAGCAAAUGUUGGGGACUCUCGUGCUGUGUUGGCUACCACUUCUGAUGAUGGAAGCUUGGUACCAGUGCAACUCACUAUUGACUUCAAGCCAAAUUUACCUCAGGAGGCUGAGAGGAUAACACAAUGCCGGGGGCGGGUGUUCUGUUUGAAGGAUGAACCUGGGGUGCACAGGGUCUGGCUGCCAGAGGAGGAAACACCAGGUCUGGCAAUGUCUAGAGCCUUUGGAGACUAUUGUGUAAAGGAUUAUGGGAUUGUAUCUGUGCCUGAAGUUACACAAAGGAAUAUAACCAGCAGGGACCAAUUUGUUGUACUGGCAACAGAUGGGGUGUGGGAUGUUAUCUCCAACCAAGAAGCAGUAGACGUGGUUUCAGCAACACCAGAAAGAGCUAAGUCAGCAAAAUGGCUGGUUGAAUAUGCAGGGAGUGCAUGGAGACGUAAGAAGUGUGGAAUUGCAAUGGAUGAUAUUUCUGCCAUUUGUCUCUUUUUGCACCCUUCCUCACCCCAUGAACCAGUUGACUCCGUAUCCCUGUAGAAAACGGCAUGGAAAAGAGCAAGCAAGCGUGAAUACCUCGGAAGUGGCUGCCAAGGGACGAGCAAGUCUGUUCCAACAAAAGAAGCUGUGAAUAACCUAUUGGCCUAAUCAUAUGAGAUGAAAACACAUCCUGAGGUUGUUUUUGUAGUUAAAACCUUCAACAGACCUGUGCUGGAUUUGAAUUGUCAAGGGUGUCUCAGACAAACUCUAAGGUGCGAUUUCUUUCAUUUGAUUGGGUCCACAGCCAAAGGGCUAACCUCUGAGUGGAGGUUUGUUGCCGAGGAUUGGACUUGACUGAGGACUUAAAAGCACAAGUUAGCUCUGACUGCAGCUAUGGAAAUGAAAUCUCAAGAAUCAAAAUCACUCCAGAUAAGCAAAGAGGCAUAACAACACACGGAGUCAUCUUUAAAUUUCAUUGUGGACUGAAUUGGGAAGGAUAUAAUGCAAACUUUUUGUUUACUAGAAUUAAUAUUUCUUAUAAUGAUUAUGUACAUGUCUGAAUACCAUGAUUUCUGGAAUUGCAAAAGGAAAAGGGUAAAAGAAAAAUAAUUGAUUGAUAGUAUUGGUGGAUUUAUUGUGUAUUUAUUUGGACAGAAUGUACCAAAUGGGGGAAGGGGUAUUAAAUGUAAGCCCUUGUCAUCUGGGAGAAAACCUCUGGGGGAAGGAAUUAAGACUCUCUUGGAUCGUCUUCAGCACAAAUAUGGAUCAAGACUCUUAUGUUUCA